AGAGCGCGCGCCCGAUCCGAGCGGGACGGAGAGCAAAUGCCUCGGAACACCGCGGAAACAUAACGGGAUGCUAGAAAGACGUUGACGCAGUGCGCGCACGCGUGUGUGUGUGUGUGUAUCCCGCUCUGAGUCUAGGCGUGUGUGUGCCUGUGUGUGUGUGUGUGCGUUCGCCACGUUGGGUCGGCGGGAAGCGCGCGGACACCAUGGCCGCCGGGCGCAGCUCGGUGAGCGCGCUCAUGCAGCAGCCUGAGGCGCCGAGCUCCAGCGAGUCCCCGCCGCCGCCGCCGCACGGCUCCGAGGACGAGGAGCAGCAGCAGGAGCACGGCGGAGCAGCGGCGCCCCACGAUCCCGAGUGGACUGAGGAGAGGUUCCGGGUCGACCGCAAGAAGCUCGAACUCAUGCUCUUGGCUGCCGCUGAAGGGAGGGUGAACGGAGGUGAGGAUUUCUUUCAGAAGGUCAUGGAGGAGACCAAUACUCAGAUUGCAUGGCCAUCGAAACUGAAAAUAGGUGCCAAGUCUAAGAAAGAUCCACAUAUCAAAGUCAGUGGGAAAAGGGAUGACGUGAAAGAAGCUAAGGAGAAGAUCAUGUCUGUCCUCGAUACUAAGAGUAAUCGCGUGACUCUGAAAAUGGACGUUUCACACACCGAGCACUCACACGUCAUUGGCAAAGGAGGCAACAACAUCAAGAAGGUGAUGGAGGAUACGGGCUGCCACAUUCACUUCCCUGACUCUAACCGCAACAACCAGGCAGAGAAGAGCAAUCAGGUGUCUAUUGCAGGCCAGCCAGGAGGAGUAGAGGCAGCCCGGGCCAGAAUCAGGGAGCUGCUGCCUCUGGUGUUAAUGUUCGAGCUGCCGGUCAUAGUACAGCUGAACCCUGACCCUAGCUCUCCAGCCAUCCAGCACAUCUCUCAGACAUACAACAUCUCUGUGGCCUUCAAGCAGCGCUCUAGGCUCUACGGUGCUACCGGGGUUGUAAGGGGCUCCCAGAAUAACAUUGCAGCUGUCAAGAGGGGCACGGCCAUGUUGCUGGAGCACUUAGCCGGGAGCCUGGCGAGCGCCAUCACCGUGAGCACACAGCUGGACAUCGCGCCCCAGCACCAUCUUGCCAUGAUGGGCCGCAACGGCACCAACAUCAAGCACAUCAUGCAGAGAACCGGCGCCCAGGUGCACUUCCCUGAUCCAAACUGCCCGCAGAAGAAGUCGACCGUCUAUAUCCAGGGCACCAUCGACUCCGUAUGCCUGGCACGCCAGUACCUCAUGGGCUGCCUGCCACUGGUGCUCAUGUUUGACAUCAAAGAGGACGUUGCAGUAGAUCCACAGUGUGUCACAUCUCUCAUGGAACAGCUGGAUGUGUUCAUCAGUGUUAAACCCAAACCCAAACAGCCUAGCAAGUCAGUGAUAGUGAAGAGCGUGGAGAGGAAUGCUCUGAACAUGUAUGAAGCCCGGCGUUACUUGCUGGGGCUGGACAGCAGUGGAGUGUAUGUGUCCAUCUCGACUUCAUCCAGCAGCAGCAGCACCAGCAGCCCUCCGUCUGCCCUGACCCCAACUCUCAGCUGUCCUGUAGGCAUCGACAUCCUGACCUCUGCUGGCUUGGGUCUCACGAGCCUGGCUGCUUCUCUGAGUGCCCCGUCCACCCCCAACUCUCUCCUUAACGCCCUCAACAGCUCCAUCAGUCCCCUGCACAUCUCCUCGUCUGGAACGCCUAGUCCUACACUUUGGUCCAGCUCACUGGCCAGUCCAACCGGCACACCAGGUUUUUCAUCACCACUGAUGAUCCAUCCAGCCACCCAGGCCACACUGACCAACAUCCUCCUCCAGAGUUACACGCAAAAUCAUGCACCGUCUCCUCCACCCGGCCUUGCUCCAAUAGAUCCACAGGUCAAUGGAGUCACUGACUGCAGCAAGGCUGUGUCCCUCAAUGGCAAGCACUCUAGCUCUAUGUACGGCAGAAUGUCCUCCUCCUCACUGGCUGAUAAAGUUCUGAAUGUGGCACAUGGAGAUGCAGUCCAGGACGGCAGCACUCACUGUCCAUCUGAACCACUGUCUAGCAAGUCCAGUCAGGACCAAGGAUCUGAUACUUUCGUGGAAGUGGGCAUGCCGCGGAGCCCCUCACAUUCGGGAAACAGCAGUGAGCUAAAGCAGAUGCUGGCCUCCUGUAAAACAGCCUCAGGCAAGAGACAGGCUGUGGAGUUACUUCAGGGCACAAAGAACUCACAUUUACAUUCAGAUUGUUUGCUCUCCGACUCGGACUCCAGUGCUUCCGAGAGUCCAGUGGCUGAUAAACGGGCACCGGGAAGUGAAAGAGCUGCCGAACGAGCAGCCCAGCAAAACUCGGAGCGCAUCCGUCUUCCGCCGCAGUCCUCUUUCUCCAACAUGCAGGCCUUUGACUAUGAGCAGAAGAAGUUGCUGGCAACCAAAGCCAUGCUGAAGAAACCGGUAGUGACGGAGGUGCGAACGCCAACAAACACAUGGAGCGGCCUGGGUUUCUCCAAGUCCAUGCCUGCGGAAACCAUUAAGGAACUGCGCAGGGCCAACCAUGUGUCCUACAAACCUACCAUGUCCACUACGUACGAGGGAUCUCCGCUAUCACUCUCGCGCUCCAACAGCAGAGAAGGAGUGGGAAGUGGAAGCGACUCGGACAACUGGAGGGAGAGGAACGGGAGCGGGCUCCCGACACACAGCGAGUUCCCAGCACCUAUCAGUCCCAAGAGGAAGCAGAACAAGUCAGUUGAACACUAUUUGAGCAGCAGUAACUACAUGGACUGCAUCUCUUCAGUGACCGGAAGUAAUGGCUGUAACCUCAGCACCUCUAUGAAAGGCUCUGACCUGCCAGAGCUCUUCAGCAAGCUGGGCCUCGGGAAGUACACGGAUGUCUUCCAGCAACAGGAGAUUGACCUGCAGACAUUUCUCACUUUGACUGAUCAGGACUUGAAGGAGCUGGGAAUUACUACAUUUGGAGCACGCCGGAAAAUGCUCCUGGCCAUCUCAGAUCUAAACAAAAACCGAAGGAAACUCUUUGAACCACCAAACAUCCGGUCCUCGUUCCUAGAGGGUGGCGCCAGCGGGCGUCUGCCCCGCCAGUACCACGCUGACAUUGCCAGUGUAAGUGGGCGCUGGUGAGCCCUGGUCCUUCUGAUGCACAGUAGACAGCCUUAACUGCACAAAGCCAUUCCCGAUGCCUUAAUAAACAAUACUGGACCAAACCCUGGGAAUCAGUGCCAAAAAAAAAAAAUACACAAAGAAUGUCUUUUGGAAAUGAGGUUGAGUUUGGAAAUGAGGUUGACUUGUGUAAAUGUUGAAUAUUUUGUACAAUAUGGUACUCUUUGCAGUAUGGUACUCAUGUGGAAAUGAAGGAAAUGCUGGAGGAUUUAUAAAGCUCCUGCACUGUUGUUGUAUAAGGAGCUGUCUGUGUACUUAAUUCAGUAUUUUUUUUUUUUUUUAUUUAAAUCCUUCUCUUAGACUUGUGUCAUACUAAUUCCUUGCACUUUAAGAGUACUAAAUACUUUGCCUGUGGGCUGAUUUCUCUCUAGUCUGCCCUGCAAGAUGUGCAUAGAACGUACAGUUUAUAGCACUUACAAGGUUACGAUUAAGACCCCUCGAUUAAGGGCUUCUUUUUUUUUUUAGGCUCUUUAAUUACGAUGCGUUGGAACUCAGAUUGUUUACAGUUUUCAGCAGUAGAUAGUUCAAAGACGAGAUUUAGGUCCAUUUGUUUAGCUGACAUGACUAUGAACACCUUGACGGCAGUCUUUCUGAUCAUGACCAAUAAACUGCAAGAUAGAGAUGUGCAUGGGAAUGUUUGUCUUCAGCAAGCUUACGUUUAAAAAUUGUACGACAUACGUACAAAAAUGUAUCAUGGAAUCAUUAGGAAAUCCAAAUCCAAGUUUAGCUGAAACUAUUGCAGAUGGAUAUAAACAGAAAGGAAAAAUAUGAAGCUGGUCAGACUUGGGCAGCAGAGGCACAAUUUAGCCAUAGAAUUUAUGACUUUUUAGCCGCUUUAUCACCAUGGCGAUAUUGGAGUUGCCUGAAAAUUAUGAUUUUUUUUUCGUUUGUUUGUUUUUUUUAAGAAAAAACUGCAGUCAGUCUGAAUGGAAUAAAAUUCUCCAAGUGGAAACAUGAAUUCACUAAAGGGAAAAGGACACAAGGCAUGUAUUUGCUCUUGGUUCCAUUCAUGCUGACUUGCUUGGUGCAUUUUGACCUGUGAAGUCUUGGAUUUGUCACCCAGUAGCCUCUUUGAUUGUGGUAACUUUAAGAAGGAAAAUGAAGGCGCUGCUCGCUGCAAGUACGAGACACAUGAGGCUUUUUUCUUUUCCUCAUUCUUGUCUUAUUGCUCCUUGGCGCACAUCAAAAAGAAAAUAUCGGAUCUGUGUCCACUAACAUACUCUAGGCUUAAUUUUUUUUAUCCAUGUUUUGUUUCUAAUUUCUAGGAAUUAUUUUCUAAGGAUUUUUGCUAUCAAUGUUUGCACCCCGACAUCCCUCAUACACCUCUACCAAAGGAUGAAACACACACUUACAAUGAUCAAAUCCUGAACCUUACUAAUGCAGCGCUUUAGUUUGCAAGAUCCAGCAGUUUUAACUACCUCUUCGUCUGCCUUUCACCACUUUCUUUAUGUUACGCAACUAUAAAAUGAGACAUUUCAAAAGAAAGUUCAUUUGUGUGCUUUAUUACAUUCAUGUUAAAUGUUAGGGUCCCUAUGUGCCAUUUCAGAAGAGAAAGGUCCAUAAUCCUAACAGCGUAUAGGCAUAUAAAGCUGUGAAUGUUGCUAGUCUUCUCUCGAGGUCAAAUCCAUCAAGUGCCUUUUUAAAGCUUUUCAAAAACGCCUUUUGUAUUUUAUUACAGUACAGCAUUUUAACACGGAUGUAGCUAAACCACUCCUGCAAUAAUCCCGUCACUUAAUCUUUACGUGUAUAGUGUUAUUGUAUUUGCAUUUAAUUGUUCCAUAUUUUGUGUAUUACCUUGUGAUUAGAGGUAUUGUUGAAACACUUAUUGUGCAUAUUGCAGUUUUGUAGUCUUUUAGAAUUUUGCGUAUUAGUUUGUCGUGGUCAUUUCCAGACAGCAGCGGAUGAUCAGUCAGUAGUUCGGUAUGUAGUGUUUGAUUUAAGGUUUUAUACCAAAUAUGGUUAAGUACAAGCGGAAGAAAAAGAAAAACUUCCCAUCAGUAUUACCUGCAAAAUCAAAUCAAACGACUAUGCAAAGAAAUCGCUUUGCCAUAUAAUGUAUUUUUUCUACUUAAAGCACCGCAGUCUUGUUCCAAUCAAGUUCACCAGCUGCCUGAUUUCAGUACCUUGCUGCUUGCUUGAUAUACCUGAUUAGUGCUUUAUAUGCAUCAAAUGCUAUUUUUAAAAAUUUGUGUGUGUGACUUGUGAGUGACCAAACUGUAAUUGAUUUAUAGAUGUAUUUGUCUUUCACUCCUUAAGAGGAGAAAAUAAGGGAAACUGAAAAAUUUUGUCUUAAUAUUUUGACAUGGCCUUAUAACCAGGGCCAGCACUUUUUCUUUCUUUUUCUUUUGUUUUUUUUUUUUUUACUCACAACCAAAUGAACAAAUGCUCUGUGAUAAUCAUGUACAGUGGCGUACAGGAUAACAGUAUUGGAGCGUUCGUAUUAUCGCUGAUAAGGGAAUAAACAAAAGCACUAAUCUGUAUUGCUCUGCCAAAAGUUUAAUAAUCCCUGUCGUGCAUAUCUGUAGUUGGAUAAAAUUUUAGUUGGCCAGUGGCUUGCAAAUGACUCUUUUGGAAUCUGUGAGUUUGACACAGAUAAAAUACUCUUUUGGUACUGUUAUGAUGUAAAGUUGUAUUAACGCCAUAAACAUGUGGUACAAUCGAAUGUUCUUUACAUGUUGGAGGCCUUGUUACGCAAGAAUAAAAUGUAUGCAAAUCUUUCA